GUUGUUUUCAAGUUGAAGCAGAUCACCAUCACCCUAUCUCGGUUGUGGGCCAAGCCAAGGAGAGAGUGCCCUACCUCAGCUCGUUUUUGCCCUGCCUUUUUACAGAAGAUCACAUCUCCACGCAGUACUAUACUUAGAGCAUGCGCUGUGUACUGCACCAUGCAAGUGUAGAUUCAGAGCGAGAGAAAGAGAGAGCGAGAAAGAAAGUAGAUGGUAAUGAAGGGAGAGGGAACGGAACAAAAUACAAACGAAACAGAUCUCUUUUCCGACUACUCUUCCGCCGCAGCACUCUCCGUGGUUGUUACACUCUGUACACCGCCGGCGAGCGUUGUGUGUUUGGUGUUGUGAUAGUGUGUGGGGCGGUAUUGUUUUGAGCGUAGCUUCGAAAAACGCCGGACACACAAACCGUGUGGUAGUGGUGGGUGUCAUUUGGCAAGUUCACUGCGUUAGUGACGGUAUUCGGGACGCGUUUUCGGUGUGUGUCUCUAGCGCACACCACACGUGCACAGUUACAGUGAAAGCAAACGUGUUUUUAUCGAAAAUUUCCAUAAAUCAUACAACGCGUUGCAAAUUCUAAAGUGGUUGUAAUAAAAAAAGUGUUGAAAAGAGCCUCGUUGUCGGAUGCGCAAUAGAAUUUGCUACUUUCGUCUGUGUGCGUUACGUGUGCUGCGUUGACACCGAACGUCAAAGUUGUUAUUGAAACCAACUGCACGAUCGCUGUGAGGAGUGUCGUUGCCGCAAAUUAGUCUCACUAGCAACUUCAACUUAAACUAACUGUCGGGGGGAGUUAGUAUUUGUCUGUUCAAAGUUGGAAAUUACCGACCGCCGGCUCGGUCGUGCUCGCUCGCUGAUUGAUCGAGUGGAAAAUGUGGAAAAGCUUUCUCUCGCGACGAGAUAAAUUCCCCCAAUUAGCAGUGGAGAUGGUGUGGGGUGGUCGGGGUGUAGAGUUCACGGCACGGUAGAGUGAAAGUGUCAAGUCAAAUUUCGUCCGGCUCGUCGGCAAGCAUUAAAACUAAGACCAGUUAUAAAAAAAGUGUUGUAAUUAAAAUAAAAAUAUAACGCCCGCUUUAAUCAGUCGCCAUUGGUCGUCUCUCUGGCCCGCGUGUCUGUGAUCCCAAAUCAAUGCUUCAACGUCCGAUCCUGUGCCACGCGGUGUGUGUAUGUUUAUAAAUAAAGUGUCCGUUCUGAGUGGCCGAUCAGGCCGAGUGUAGUUUGAGUGUGCUGUGGUGUGUUGAUCACAUGUUAAAAUCAAUUGCUGAGCAAGGGUGGAAAUGCCGUCCAUUUGCGUCGUCUCACUUUGCUAAUCAAUUUUUGUGAAAGAGUGGAAUGAGAAGCUAACCGAAUGGGGGGGGGGGGAACCAAACCCAGCAACACCUGAAAUAAAGUGAGCAUCACAGGGCAUCAACGAACCCCACAACAACAACAACAUGAACAGCAUGGAUUACAUCCGCUGUGAUCAAAUAAAAUUGAAGAAAAUCCUAGGCUUAACAGUAUGCAGCAGCGCCGGGCUCGAUGUAUCCUCCACCACCGGCGUCCUUGCGUAUCCGGCAGGAUGCACGGUGGUGCUGUUCAACUCCAAAAAGCUGUCCCAGAACUUCCUGCUCAACACAACGAAGAAAGCCAUCACGGCGGUCGCAUACUCCGAGUGUGGCCGGUACCUGGCGACGGGCGAGUGUGGCCACAAUCCCUCGAUCAAGGUGUGGGAGCUGGACGCGUCCGGCGGCCCCGGUGGCGGUGGUGCGAUCGAGAACGGGGCGGCCGGUAGCAUCGUGGCCGAGUUCUCGGGCCACAAGUACGCGGUCAGCUGUGUGGCCUUCUCGCCCACGGGCAAGUACCUGGUGUCGGUCGGGUCGCAGCACGACAACAUCGUGAACGUGUUCGACUGGAAGGCGAACCUCAAGAUCGCCUCGAACAAGGUGACGGCCAAGGUGGUGGCGGUGAGCUUCAGCGAGGACGGCAACUACUUUGUGACGGUGGGCAACCGGCACGUGAAGUACUGGUAUCUGGAGGGCAGCCGGAAGUACAAGGAACCGAUCCCGCUGAUGGGCCGCAGCGCCAUCCUGGGGGAGCUGCGCAACAAUGACUUUUGUGCGGUGGCGUGCGGCAAGGGCGAGAUGGCGGAAAGUACGUACGCGAUCACGCGGAACGGCCAUCUGGUGGAGUUCAAUGCACGGCGCCUGCUCGAUAAGUGGGUGAUGUGCAGGACGAAUGCGGCCAACUGUAUGGUGGCCAGUACAAAGUACAUACUCGUCGGUUGUGCCGAAGCCAUCGUGAGGGUAUUUAAUGCCGAAACGCUAGAAUACAUUACCACCCUGCCCCGGACCCACUUUCUCGGCGUGGAUGUGGCGCAGGGUGUCCACAUCAACCACAUGAUGGCGGUGCCGCAGAACGCCAAGUACCCGGACACGAUCGCGAUCGUGUACGACGAGGCCCGGUCGAAGGUGACGUGCGUGUACAACGACCACAGCCUGUACAUCUGGGACCUGCGGGACAUUCGGCGGGUGGGCAAGAGCCAAUCCUUCCUGUACCACUCCGCCUGCAUCUGGGGCGUCGAAACAGUGCCAUUCAGCUACCAGCAGCAGCUCCGGCAGCACAACGGCGGGGCGGCGAACGGGGCCGGCGACACGCUGCCGUCCGACUGCUUCAUGACCUGCUCGUCCGACGACACGAUCCGCGUGUGGGACGUGGACAGCUGCGAGACGAACGAGGUGUACCGGAAGAACAUCUACAGCAAGGAGCUGCUGAAGGUGCUGUACAUCGACGACGAGCUGAACUUCAUCAAGGACACGGACAAUCCGAUCCACAGCACGGAGAAAAACUCCAGCUACGACGGGCGGAACGGGGUCCGGUGCAUCAAGAUCAGCCCGGACAGCCGGCAGCUGGCGACGGGCGACCGGAGCGGCAACAUUCGAAUCUACAAUCUCAGUAACCUUAAGCUGAUCACAACGAUCGAGGCGCACGACUCGGAGGUGCUGUGUCUGGAGUACACGAACGAGAAGAUCGAGCGGCGGCUGCUGGCCAGUGCUAGCCGGGACCGGCUAAUACACAUCUUCGACUGCGAGGCGAACUAUCGCAUCCUGCAGACGCUGGACGACCAUUCGAGCAGCAUCACGUCGGUGCGGUUCAUCGGGGCGGGCAAGCAGUUCCAGAUGGUGUCGUGCGGUGCGGACAAAUCCAUUAUCUUCCGGCACUUCCAGAACAACGUGUUUCUUCGUGGGAACAAUUGCUCGGGAAAGAACACGCUGUACGACAUGGAGGUGGACAGUAACAGCAAGCACAUACUGACCGCGUGCCAGGACAGGAACAUCCGCGUGUACAGCACACAGAACGCGAAGCACACGAAAACGUUCAAGGGUUCACACUCGGACGAGGGCAGCCUGAUUAAGGUGAGCCUCGAUCUGAGCGGGAUCUACAUUGCGACGUCCUGCACGGACAAAACGCUCAGCGUGUACGACUACUACUCGAACGAGUGUAUGGCGCGCAUGUACGGCCACAGCGAGCUGGUGACGGGGCUAAAGUUCACCAACGACUGCAAGUAUCUCAUAUCGGCCAGUGGCGACGGGUGCGUGUUCAUCUGGCAGGUGCCGCACGACAUGAUCGUGACGAUGCAGGCCCGCCUGUCGCAGCAGGCACUGCGGUCGGGCUUGCAGCCGAUCCCGCGUACCCUCCAGCCCACCAACCCGUUCACGGAUGCCAUUCUCAACCACCCGCAGCCAACGCCACCGGCACCGAGCAGCGUGUCCGAGUUUGGCUCUCCGCCGAACAGCGCAUUCCUGGUGGACGAUGCGCCGGGUACGCCCGGGUACCGGUUUUCCGACGUCGGCCAACUGCCCCAGUGGGCCAAGCGGAAGCCGUCGGAAGAUUUGCAAUCCAGCUCGCCCGUACUCGGCAGCAGCCCGAGCCAGACGGGGGCGAAUUUCGGUGGACUAGCGCCGAAGCCGCGCGGUCGCUGGGGCCAGAAGGGUGUCGGUGGCCAGCUGGAGGAUCCGUUCGAUUUGCGAAACAUCGUGGAGAGCAGCCCGCUCGGCACCACGUUCGUGGGUGGUGACUCGCGGCAGCAACCGACAACGCCACAGCCCAGCGCCACCGCAGCGACCGGCCAGCCGAUACAUCCACCGGCCACCAACACACCGACGUCCGGGUACAAUAGCAGCGGCUCGAAGGAUGUGUACAGCAACGCCUACCUCAGCGAGGACAGCUCCAUCGACAGUGGGCGCGAGAACCGGCGGCCCGAUCUGAGCUCGUUCCUGCACAAGAAGAUCACCGAAACGAAGGCGCUGAACAGCCUGAACUCGGAAUCGAACACCGAGCACGACGGGGACGUGGAGGACAUUUCGGACGGUGAGCGAACGAGCUCGGACCACGGCAUGGUGUACUACCCAUCGGCGGCGCCAUCCACACCGACGGAUUUCAAAAUCAACGAAAUCGACACGAACGAGCUGCGCAAGUCGAUCCGGCGCCAGAAGCUGGAAAAGCAAGGCCUUAGUCUGGCGGCUCAGUUUCAGAGUGCCGCUUCCGGCACCGGUACCGGCACGUCCGACGACGAGGAUGAAGGCUCGACGCCCAGUGGCGACAAUGCGGAUCGAUCGCUUGCCUCCACCCUCGGCGGUAGCUCGGAAAGCAUUCCGCAACAGACUUCGUCCACCUUUCUGCAGGCCGUCCUCGAUGGGCCGGGCAGUUUAUCGGACCGGGAGCGCUCACAAGCGCGCAAAAGCAUGAGCGCCAAGCACAACAACGAUGCGAAGAUUACCACCAGCAUAUCGAAAUCGUUUGCCAACAACAAAAAGGAAGAGCUGAUGAAGGUGAUCAACGAGGCAAAGGCAAAGCUGGAGAAUGGGAUAAUGUUUCAUAAUAAGCGUGAGAUUAAACCUCCAUUAAAUUAUGCUCAAUUCAAGGUCGGCUACCGGUCCGGUCUACGCGCUAGUCAUAGCAUAUCCGACUUGAGUCACUCGAUGAACAUGUCGGGAGCGAGUCCCAACCGCACGCAACGGAUAGAAGUAGAUAGUAAUCUAGGUCCGAGAGUGUAUCACCCCGGUGCUGGUGCCGCGGGCCCUUACGGAGGAGCGCCCGGCAUGCAUCCGAACUCAUCCAAUUUCCUUCACAGUGCCGCUCCACGCUCGAAGCUGGCCCAGAAUUGUAUGCUUAUGAAUCAGAUACAGCAAGAGCUUCCACCGUAUCCACGGGACGUUGGCAUCUACGAGCCCGGUCCUGCUCAAAGGCCGGACAAGCUAGACCUGGUGGAGCUACCCCCGGUGCCAGCCGACAAGCUCCGAAAGCAUCCCGGCAUUCUGAAGAACUACAAAUCCUGUCCCGUGUCGCCGGUGCACGAAGAGCAGGAAUGGUCGAGCCCUUCCAAUCACGACGAAUCAUCGCACAACCAGCAGAAAACGCUCGACCGUACUGGGCGGCAGAUGCGCCACUCGAUGUACUACGAAGAUGCCAAAACGAUACUGAGCAUGAUACACUCCGACACGGAAAAGAUGAUACGAGAAAUUACGAGCAAGUACGGCGAUCUGGACGACAUACAACCGACGGCAAAGGUAAAAGAGGAAGGAGAAGAAACAGUACCGCCACCACCACCGUCGACAGUGGCCAAAUCGGGCUCUAAACCACCCGAUACCAAAGCUUCCACCGCUCGCGAACACCACGAACAUGGAUUCCUAUCAGAAGACGAACCUAACUUUAGCUCCGACUCGCUGGAAGAUUGCAGUCUCGAUCUCGAUCUCGAACGGCAAGGCCUCCCGGUGCCAGCGAGAAAGAAGCAAACUUGUGCCAAACAUCACCCGGCGAAGCGAACGCCACUCACACUGCCAAAACGAUCCGUUUCCGAUUACUUUAUCUACGAUCAAGCACCGCAAGGGCCGAGCGAAAUCCCCUACCGCAACGUAUCGCUCUCGGACAUCCUGGAUGACGAGGAAGCGAUCCGGCAGGCGGAGAAUCGAUUCCUCGAAACGCAGCGACACUCGAGCGCUAGCUUCUUCCUCGGUCAGCAGUACCCCACGAGGAAAAGCCAGGAAAGCAUCCUCUCGGACGAGUACGGAAGUGGAGGUGUUAGCUUUUGCAACAGCAUGGAAAGCAUCUUGUCGGACGAUUCGGAGUGCAAGAGUGCACCGCUGGAGGUGCUGUUCGGGCGCAUCCGCCGCGAUCAUCACGGUCAGGCGGGACAUGGGCAUGGCGCCGGGCGUAAUGCGUCCGGCAAUUUCGAGUACAAGCUGGAAGGACUCGGCUGUGCUACGUCCAAAUCGUACGGUUCCAGCCCGAACGCAGGCUGCGGGUUUGAUUACUACAUGCAGGGUAACUAUUUCCAUGCGACGACCGCAACUGACAGUAGCUACUUUGGGAUGGUACAGGAUAGCCUGGAGUACGGGGGACAUGAGCGACGCGUCCGGCAAGGUGCACCCGGUAUGCCAACGUCCAUGAGCUAUCCACGGUUUCUGCCCAGUCUGGCGGCUUCGGCCGCCGCUCCACUGUCCUCCGGGCGGGAGGAACUACUUUUCAACGAAACGUUCGAGGAGGGAGAAGAUUUCAUCCCGUCCCUAACGUCCAAGGCGGCGCAAUAUGGCGGCGCUACGGUGAAGAGUCUCAGCAAGGACUUUGCCAACCAGCGGAAGCAGAUGAACUCCAAUCCACUCUACAACUGCAACGAUGGAAAUGGUGUUGCUGCUGCUGCUGCUGCUGUUGGGGCAGGAAAUGGAGAUCUCUUCAUUCGAAAAACGGUUAACGCGACAAACCAGCACCAAAUCACCCGAUCCGACAUCUUCGGCACCGAAUCGUCCGUGUACGUGAUGAAGAAGUCGUGCAGUUUUGAGAUCGAAAUGGGCGGUCGUCGCAUAGCGCGGAACUCGAAAAAAUUCGAACAAAACCUGCAACGCUUCGAGCAGGAGCGCAAACAAUCGAACGAACGCUUCCUUCAUCAACAGUUUGGCGGCACGUUGGAGAUGGAUUACGUGCCGCACAAGCCACCGGUAGCGCAUCGUCGUUCCGCCAGCAUGAAGGGCCGGGGACGGGUACGGUCCAAGGAAAAAUUUAACACCAUCAUCGGUCAGAUGAGCAACUCUCCUGGGCAGUGCGACGAACCUGCAAUGAUCGGCGGUAAGUUGCGCGACUUUGUCAAUCGAGACUUUGUGAUGCCAAACAAACCGCCGUCUUCUGAGGUGAUGUCCGUGUCCGUCGGUGGGGCACCGCGCCGCUGUGACAUUGGGGAGGAAAAGUCUUUCGAGGUGUACGUGGCAGAGAAGGGCGUCAGCGAGGACGACAAUAUGGACAGUUUGGAGCUGCUUUCGAAGGCAAAAAGUGCCGCUUGCGUGCGGAAAGAAAACUCCACCGAUUCGCUCGACGCCCCGGGGACGGUUGAGGGAGUGACGGAGAUCGGUGUGGAAGCGCUGGAAGAAGGCAUGGAUGCGGCGCCUGAAGAUGAGGACGUGAAUGCCGCUGUCGAUGCACUCGCUGCGGAAGAAGCACUUGAACUCCCUAGGAAAAGUCUCACCCAAGGGGCAACGAGCGAGCUGGAAAAGCUGAUCGAUCGUGGUCUGCUAACGAGCGGCGAGUACAACCGCUUCCUGGACAUUGAGAAGAAGAUCGACAUCGUUAACAAGCUGGUGGAGCUGGAGGAGCGCAAGCUGGAGCAGGAACGGACGGCCAAGGAGCAUCGCAUGCGCCCCUUCAACUGUGAUCCCCGCCAGAAAGGGUACGUGAAGAGUUUGACGGAGAACUUUGACCGGCUGGCGAAGGAUGCCCAGGAGGAGCUGGAAAAUGAGAAGAGUUGGCAUCUGGCGAAGGCUCGCAUGAAGCGCAACUUUAGCCUGCCCGAUGUGCUGGACUUUGGUGCGGACUGUUGCUGCCGGCAUGCUGGGAAGUGCUGCGAGCGGCGCGGCGACGGCGAAGAGGACGAUGACGAUGAGGCCGAUGAGUGUGUGUGCUGCGGGGACGGGUGCAAUGCGUACAAGCAGAAGGACGAGGAGGAGCUGUCGGAGAAGGACGAAAACUCGAUGGCGGCGGCGGUGGCGGCCGUGGCAGCGGCCGUCGCUGCCAUCGGCAUGUCGCACAGCGAUGAAGGCGGUAAUCCCCGAAGCUUAAUCUCUGCGCAAGAUAGUGAAUCUUCGAUUAGACGUGCUUGUUCGCUUAGUGAUUUGAGUAUGGGAAAAGGCUACAAAUCGCCCAAUCAAUCGACGGCUGGCAGCGGACAGUACAAACCAUCGGUAAGCAACCGAAACACCAGCACACCGACACGAAACACACCGAAACGGAGCACGUCGUCGGUCGGCAAGGGCGGUGCCUCGCUGUCCACGGGCAUGGGCGUGCGUAGUAUUUCGGUUGGAAUGCUUAAUCAAGCGAGUGACUCCGAGGCGGAACCGGCAGGCACACGGGGUGGUCUGCUGAAGCCUACGAUUUCUUCCCAGAACAAAAUUAACGGCACGGGCAACGGUACCGGGCCGGGUAGCGGGGGCAAAUACAUCAACCCCCGCAGCGCCGCCGGUAUUAUUAACCGACGCAAAGGCCUGCAAAAUGCGUACAGUAGUGUAAAUAUCUCUACCGCCGGUCAGGACGAAUCCAGCUCGGAAGAGUCGCCCACCAGCACGGUCAGCACCGUGCCUGCGAAACCGGCCGUACCGCCCCGGCCGCGUAGCAUCGCCUUCGAGCACAAGCGGAUAGCCAACGCUAGUCAGUUGAACGUGAAGAAAACGGUGACCGUCGGCGGUACGACAACCAUACCGGCCGAUGCCACCACCAACGGUGGCAGCAACAACAAUGGCAGCAGCAAUAAUGGUGCCAUGCUGCCCGUAAAGGAUGCCGAUCUGGACAAUGCUGACCUUACCAACCAGCUCUGUACGAACAUUAUCAACCAGCUCGUGCAAACCACCUCGACCGUGAUUCAGCUGCACCAGCGGCUCAAAUCGAGCGACGAGGCAAGCAUCAAUGGGCGCAACAAUUCGCUCAUGCUGAAAGAGCUCGAAAAUGCCGUCAUAAUGACGCAAAACAUGCUCACCAAAGUCACCAACCGCAAUCACAACGACGGUAUCAACAAUAACAGUAUGAGCAACAACACCAACAAUCAAAUCAUGUACGAAAAGUGUGUCGACAUGCUCAACCAGGUGCAGAAGCACGUGAACAAUAACGGUUAGGAUGCUGCGUCGAGCCUCGCCAGUGUGCCGUGCGGAUGUGUGCGGGGAACGGUGAUCGAUAACAGUCUAAAACAUCAACAACAACAUAUACCUGUGUUCAUAUCCUGCUCGCACACACACAAACAAGUGGGAAAGGGUAUGCAAAAACAAAAACAAAAAACGGAAACAUUCCCCCAGGAUAAUGCCGUCAAUUUUCAAGCCGAACGACGAAAUUGUAGAGAGUUUUAUGUUUUACUUGAAUGGAUUGAUUGUUCUGUGUAGUGUGUGUUUUCAGCUGUUUUCUGUCUGUGUUUUUCUUUUCCAUCGCAAAGCUUGUAUGGAACGAAACACGAAAAUACGAAAUUGGAUUACAUUUUUUACGUCCGAGAUGUUGUGUGUAUGUUUGUGUACGUAAGCGAAACGAUGAAAUUCAUUAGUCGAUGAAGAUAUAUCAGCGCCAUAUCUAGAAUUGAGUUAAACAUUAAGAUACGAACCGAAGGAGAAACCCUGCGUAAACCCCUUAAAGACAUAUGUGAAGAAAAAAACAAGAUUUUAUGCUGUAAGUAAGACAUCUUCUUUCCGUAAACAAAACAUAUUUACCUAUUAAUCUAUUAAUGCACCCAUAAGAAACAGUUGCUUAAGUUUAGUCGCUAGCGCAAUUCAAUAACGUGUGUUUGGAAUAUGAUCGUCCGCGCCAACAGAGCUUUGUUGCCGCAGCGAGUUCUGUUCUGUUCUGUUUUGCGUUGCUCGCGCAAACACACAAAAUUAACGUUAAGGAUAAGCGAUAGUUUUUGUUCUGUUAGCGAAACCUUGUUUAUGGCAGGUCUGUUGAGUUUUGAGCAUUUGCAUUGCAUUGUGAGGAGUAGCAAGGAGCAAACAGAGAAAUAUCCAUCUGCAUCUACGCCGUCCAAAUGAGCUUUUGUUUAGUCGAAAAUUGUUAGUUAGUUUGUUUGCUUUUGACCACCAGCUUCACUCGUGGUCGAUAGGGAAAAAGCAUGUUUUUGUAGUUUCGUUCAUAGAGAGAGAGAGAGAGAGCUUCAAGGGAACUCGAACAUUCUGCACAUUUACCGUAGAUCGUUAAUCUCCCAAUCUGUUCAAUAGCAUUGUGCACGUUACGUUUAGGUGGUAUGUUUUUUUGGUAGUAAAAUUAAAUGCUAGAUUAUUGUCCGUUUUUCUUUCCCCCACCCUCUUACAAACACAUGCCACAAAUACACAUACACUCGUUGAAACGGACGCAUUUUAAACAAAAAUCGGGUACAUCGAACUAUAUCGUCGGUAUUCCCGCGUGAGCGUCCUCUUCUUCUUCGCAAUUUAUACUCUUAUUAAUCGAUAGUGCUUAGACGGCAUGAAGAAAGGACGAAAGUGUUCAUAUGUGUAUGUGAUUGGGGUUUAACGUAUAUAUAUAACGUACAUAUGCAAACCAAAAGGGAUGGGGUGGGGAGAAAAACAGAAAACGCCUCUAAUUACUAAGCCACGGCCGCAGAACCGUUUCAGUCAGUACUAAUAAACUAAGCCUAACCGCGAUAUCAUGCUAAACACAAAACACACACAGACAACAUUAAACAACAACAAAAAACUAUUAAAUCAUAUUGAUUUACCUUUUCCUUCCCUCAUUAACGAAACAAACAAACAAACAAAAACACUAAAUCAUAAUUAACCUACAAUACUAUGGCGGAGGGUGGAAUGGGCGGACGAGUAAGAGUGGGUGUAAACGAGUAAGGAAUUUAGCAAGGAAUUUAACGUUUAAUCAAUGUGCUGUGGAUGAUGUGACUAUUCUAAACGUGAAGCCGGAAGGUAGUCAGUUAGGAAGGAAGAAGCGAUGGCAAAGUAUGUGUGUGAGUGAGGUGUAGAAAACAUAAAAACACACAUUUCGGUGGCAACCACGCAUUAACGCUGUACAUAAUUGACGCUUUAAAGAAGUUUGGUAUUUUGUAUUCCCAUCGGGCCAUCGGUUCUCCCCCAUUGGGAAGUGGUUUGAAUUCGCUAAAUACCAUCAGGUUUAGCACACACACAUACAUGAAGUAGUCGAAGGUGUACGCUAUUUAAUGGGAAACUGUAGAAGUAACACGAGAAGUACUUAUUUUAGCCGGUUUUCGAUGAAAAGUUAACUAACUCACGCGAAGCAAACCUAAAACAUUGUCUUUCCAGAAAAUAAAUAUGAAGUGAAACCUCAAACCUCAAGAUAAACGCAUAGUAGCAGUGUGUGUGCGUUUGUGUGUGGUAGCGUACAUGAUGAGAACAUUCGAACGACGAGGUACCUUAAAUACACACCGUAACACACAAAAAAACAAAAGUAGCAACUAUAAAACACAGCAGAAAGCAUCCAGCAAUCCACCCGGGAACGGGCAAGUAGAUAGUGCGUGUAAGGAAAUAUUUACAAAUGAACGAUUUCAACCACACUUGUACUACUACCCCAUCUGGGGUGCAUUUUGUCACGUUUGUUUUGCAAUAAUAGCAUGCAAAUCUUACCACAAAACUGUGCUAUCUGUCUAUAAUGCUCUUUGUGGGUAGGUGACAUUACGAAGAAAGAGAAGCACUCUCGAGUCUCACUACACACAAUACAAUUUGUAAGGCAAAACACACCACCACACCUUAGACGAGGUGGAGGCAAAACUGUUCGUCAAAACAACAACUUUAUCCAACUUUCUCUCUUAUUAACGUUUAAACGACUUAGUCACUGUCAUUGUCAUUUUGGUCAUGUAUUUCAAUCUUACCAAAAUAAUGUCCAACACACACACACUUAAAAGUAAUUAAAAGAACGUUUCUUCCAACAUCGUGCAACCGCUGGAUGUUGUCAGUUUUCAUGCCAAACCUUCAGCAGUGUAAACGUGAAAAGUGCCCCCGAAAAGCGCUUAAAAAGUUCAUCUCCCGAGCAGUUAGGAGUGUUUUUGACGGUAGUAAAAGCGGUAUGAAUUAGUCCGUUGUACAUUUCGUGCGGAAGCAAAAACGAAAACUCUACCCGCCCGCCCCCAUUAUUAAGAUCUAUCGCUAUUUGCUACAACACUACAUCAAGUAUAAGUAUAUAUUAAUAAUUAUAAUUAUCUCCUUUCGCUAAUACCGUCGUUAUUACUACUUCACUCACAAACCACGGGGGUGUGUACGCCCUUACCUACCGGCAGGCACACCUUGAGUGCUGUUAAUAAUACACUCACAAAACUUACACAACACACUUAUGAACGCUGGGGGAACAGGUCCCAGGACGACAGGAUACAUCGUAUCGGAAAGCACAUACAAGAACUGAACAGAAGUAAGGAUUUGUGCAAGAAAAGCAAAGAGAAUAGUGAAAACAUGGAGACAAAACACCUUGUGCAAGGAAUUGUGCUCACUGGCAGGAAUUUAAGGCGAGCGAACAGAGGAAGAGGAAGCUUGGUGGCCGUAGUAGCUUGUAUAAAACAAAACCCCCCAUGUUUAACACACUCGAACUCGAAGGUGAACACUAAUUUAACAUAUUGAUCCACAGCCAACAUACAUGGAGGGAGACAGUGUAGCAUACUAAAAAAACCGCCAAACUAAUGGUAACAAGCGCCGUGACCGCGCUAGGGCAGCGAAGGAAUACGCGGAUCGUAAAAGGAAAGAAGUGACAACAAACAGCAAACAGUACGAUCGUAUAUGUGAGAAAACGGAAAUGGAAAUAUAUUUAAAAACCCAAGACAAUUUAAAAUCCAAA